AUGGUCUUGUCAGAGAAUUACGUACGACUAAACCCACGGAACGCGCAAAAAAAAACAAUUUCGUUGCUUGUGUCUACUGCUCGUAACGAGGAACUGUUUAAAAUUCAAUCGAGUGACAAAAAAUGUGCUCAACUUGUUCAAGCGAAAAUAUCAGCUAAAAAUAAUUUCCGAGGAAAGCCGGAGUAA